CAAAAGGGUACCCAGGAGCUAGCAGCAGCAAUCGGAUCACACGCACACGCGCAGGCGCAGACAACGCCAGCGCUAGCUGCAGCCACGGCCUUCCCUCCAUGUAAUACAAACCCCUGCUCCUUCUUUAAUUCCACCGGGAACUCGCGAUUUUGGCGCUUCCCCGUGCGUGCUGUCAGUCCGUCACCUGCCAAGCCCCCACGCCGGAGAAGAAAUCAACAAUUAAGCCGCAGCAGAACCUGCUAAACCUGUCGAUCCAGCUCUCUUCCGUGCACAGCGCUCGCCGCUGGUCCGUCCAUCUUCCCGGCCAUUCCGUCCAUCCACGUACAGCAGCUAGCCAUGCUAUCGACGGGCCGCGUGCUGGGCUCGCCAGCGUGCGCCCGGCGGCGGCCCUUCUUGGACGACGCCAGGCCCAUGCGUGCGGUGGCGCGCGGCGGCUCUUCGAACCCGACGACUGGAUGCAUCGAGGCCGCGGCCGCCGCGCCGUGGAGCGGCGCUCUCGCGCACGCGCCGCCGAGACACCUGCUGCUGGAUGACACGCCGCUGCCGUCGGAGCAGAGGGUGCGGCAAGUCGUGCUGAAGCAGGCGGCGCUCGCGACGCCGAGGCCGGCGCGGCUGGCCGGCGGCGGGCUGGACGCGGCGUUCGACCGCUGCGGCGCGGUGUGCAAGGAGUACGCCAAGACGUUCUACCUCGCGACGCAGCUCAUGACACCGGAGAGGAGGCGGGCGAUCUGGGCGAUAUACGUGUGGUGCAGGAGGACAGACGAGCUGGUGGACGGGCCGAACGCGUCCCACAUCACGGCCCUGGCCCUGGACCGCUGGGAGUCGCGCCUCGACGACGUCUUCGCCGGCCGGCCCUACGACAUGCUCGACGCCGCCCUCGCCGACUCCGUCGCCGCCUUCCCCGUCGACGCGCAGCCGUUCCGGGACAUGAUCGAGGGGAUGCGCAUGGACCUCGUCAAGUCCCGGUACCAGAGCUUCGAUGAGCUCUACCUCUAUUGCUACUACGUCGCCGGCACCGUCGGGCUCAUGACGGUGCCGGUCAUGGGCAUCUCACCGGACUCCGGAGCAGACCCCGAGACGGUGUACCAGGGCGCGCUGGCACUCGGCCUCGCCAAUCAGCUCACCAACAUACUCAGGGACGUCGGCGAGGAUGCGAGAAGGGGCAGGAUCUACCUGCCACAGGACGAGCUCGCCAUGGCCGGCCUCUCCGAAGAGGACAUCUUCGUGGGCCGUGUCACCGACAAAUGGAGAAGCUUCAUGAAGGGUCAAAUCGCAAGGGCGAGAGCCUUCUUUCGCCAGGCUGAGCAAGGUGCCGCCGAGCUCAACCAGGAGAGCCGUUGGCCGGUCUGGGCAUCUCUCCUACUGUACCGACAAAUCCUCGACGAGAUCGAGGCAAACGACUACGACAACUUCACCAAGAGAGCCUAUGUUCCGAAGGCAAAGAAGCUGGUGGCGCUGCCCAGAGCUUACUUGAGAUCACUGGUGCUUCCUUCUUCCCAAGGCGCUGCUAGCUAGCUCCUUCAGCCUAACAGAGAGCAUCACUAGGUAGAUCGGUCCGGUUUAAUUAGUGUAAGGGCACAUAUCUACUACCGUGUAUAGCAGUUUUGUACAGUGCAGAUUUCAGGGUGGUCAGAAGAGAUGAUCUCUGUGUGUUUUUGCUGUGAACCUUGUGUUGCUCAUGUUUUUGCCAUGUACAAAGCGCUGAAGAUAAAUUAUGUAUAUGUUAGAAAAUGUGUAGAAUAAAAGUGAAUGUGGACGGCUUACAUCA